UGGCGGUGCUUAGUUUGGUGGAGCAGGCGCAGUACGAGCAGCGCAGCUCUGCUCCAUCAUGCUCCGGUCGCACCGCCGCCGCAAGGGUACCAUUUGGGGUCGCUCGUUGACUUCACGAGUGACGCUGACGGCCUGGCACGGCGCGUGGCACUCACCCUGCGCUGCACCACUCGCCUUGCCUGCGCUGACCACCAGGUGCGAGAGGAGGACAUCAUUCACCUUGCUGCACUUCGCCCCAUUUGCCCUCUCCCCAUCUCCCCUUCCCAUCUCCCCUUCCCAUCCCCCCUUCCCAUUUCCCUCCCCAUCUCCCCUUCCCCACCCCUGAAAUGUUCUCUACCCCUGCAAUGCUCCACACUACCCUACCUUCCCCACCCUCUCCCCAUUUUCCGCCUCCCCCCCACCUACCCUCUCCACUUGCCCAUUCGCCUGCCGCCCCCACAAGUGGCGUUGGUAGCUGCAGAGCAAGAGGCACGGCAUCCCCAUGCACACCAACACCACACGCUGCACUCGCUCACCCACUCCCAUCUCACCCACGCCCUUCCCUGCUCUCCGCCGCGCUGCUGCUUGGAGCUGCACCUGACAGCCAAUGGCACACUGCCACGUCAGAUGAGAGCAAGAACAACAGCACCAGUCCCAGCAAAACUAACAGUCCCUUCUUCUGUCCGCCCCCCUCCCUCGUACUCUUCCUCACUCUCCUCCUCCCUCCCCCUCCCUCUCCCUCUCACUCGCAGUUUCUAUGCCUGUCUUGACGACGACACUGCUGCUGACUAG